GCAGCAGCAGGUUUUGAGUUCACGUUAUUGAAUUAGGCUUAUCAUUUGAUUUUGGCUAAGGGAAGCAACCGGUCGCGUGCUGCUCUGUUGUGGGUGCGUUUUUGUCAGGACUCGUUCAAAGUUGCGGAAGUCUCGAGAGUUGGAAGUUUUGUGGUUUUGCAAAUCCUUGCAGUAACGUGGCUGGUGUUUUUUUGCCGUGACAAGUGCUGAGACAGGAAAUAAAAAAAACAUUAGGUACAUCCUGUUAGGGUUACUUAGCGUGUCUCGAUAAGAAAGUCAGAGUUUCGUGAAAUAACAAUCAGAACAAAGUUGGUGUAGGUGAGUGACUGUAGGAGUGUGGGUUCGUGCAUAACGUGACUUUUACCUUGAACCAGCCACCAGGAGAAGACAAGAAGUUAUGAGAUAAUCCAAUUUGAAUCUACAAUCUAAUAAUCUAUUCCUGAUCCAAUAACAGUAGCAAUGAUUUCGAUCUGAUUGAUACGAUCAGCAGCGUGGUCGGGGGAGAAUAUUCAAAAAUAAUUCAACAAAUAAAACUUGAAUGCGCGGAAAAGUGAGUGUUGAAAGCGAUACAACUCCCGGUGCGCAGUAAAAUAACACGCGGUUCAAGUGUUGUGAUACAUAAUCUCAUGAAAAAGGCAUGAAGCCCAGUGGAGGUGUUGAGCGGUAAACUCAUGGAUAAUAAAAAUAAAUAACCAGAAAUAAAAAAACGAACCGACGAACCCGAACCAAACGAAGCGCAAGUGAAAAUUAAUAUUUAAUUUCAUUUUUGGCGCCUUCCAGUGCUACUGUCCCUUUUCCCGACCAUAUUCGCAGAACAAAAAUAAAACAACACAUUUCGGAACACAACAGAGCUGGGGUACCCUUGCCAAUCAACAUUAUCGUAAUCGGACUCCCCUGAACCGAGCCCGCAGGCAGCAGCAGCAGCAGUAGCAGACUUUAUCCGUCGACAAUCCGGAAAUACAAAAAACCGCCAAAAUUUAUCCCCACGAGAUGGACUACUCCUACCUGAACCAGGCGGCGGCCGGAUUUGAUUCCAGCUGCCUCCAGGGCGGUAUGGAUCCGACGGGUCUAGGCAACAUGCCGUGCACGUACGGCGAUCUGACCUCCUGUAGUCAGAUGUCCCAGGCGGCUUAUCGGUACACGGCUGCGGCCGCAUCGAUGGCCCGCUCGUACAAUCCCGUCGGUUCGGCUGUCGGGCCGGGAAAUGUGAGCAUGAGUGCACUGCACCAUGCGGCGGCUGCGGCCGCACCCGGCAGCCAGUGCUCGGUGAUGGGCGGCCGGACCCAUCAGGAUGUGCACCGGGCUUCCAUGUUUCAGACGUCGAUAAAUUUGCAGUCGGGUCUGCCGUACAAGGUCUACUCCGGGCACGAUUCGGUGCUGGCGGAAAAGCGGAAACAACGUCGGAUACGAACCACCUUCACAUCGGCGCAGCUGAAGGAACUGGAACGGGCCUUCCAGGAGACACACUAUCCGGACAUUUACACCCGCGAGGAGAUUGCCAUGAAGAUCGACCUCACGGAGGCGAGGGUUCAGGUUUGGUUCCAGAACCGGCGAGCGAAGUUUAGAAAACAAGAACGAAUCGCCCAGCAGAAAGUUUCCAGCAAUAACAACAACAAUAGCAGUACCAGCAACAAUAACAACAACAAUGCAGAUUCAUCAUCGGUGAAGAGUGAACAGAAAACAAGUGCCGGCAAUACGACCCCCAAGGAUAUCAAACCCGGUUCUCCACUGUCUACGGUUUCCACCACGCCCAAUUCGAGUGCUUCCUCCCACCAGUCCAAUGGUGACAUUAAACCCAUUAACGGCAAACUGUCCGACUCCGAUCUGAAUGUUGGUGGCGGCUUGCUCGGUAGCCAUGGAAGCGGAAGUCUAACCGUCAUCAAUAGUAGCAACAAUAGCAACAACAACAAUAACAACAAUCACCACCACAAUAGCGGCAGCGCUAACAAGUGGAGCACGUCCUGCAACUCGCUGCUGCAGAACCACCACCAGAAGGCGGCCGUCAACCAUUUGAGUAUGAACCACAACUUGCAGAACCACCAUCAUCACGCAGUAGCCGCCCUGUCGUCACCCUUUUCGUCGCUGUUGGGAGCUGGCGGUGGAGCCGCCGGGUAUCUGCUGGACCCACUCGGGGGACUGAAUAAAACUACCGCCGCUAAUCAUUUGUUUUAAUUUUCUUUUCUGUUGUGUUGUACUAGUUGAGAAGAGGAUGAAAAUUUUCUGUAUUUUGCUGAGCUUACGAGUUUAGAGAGAAGGCUUGUGCUUUGGAAUAACAAGAAAAUUAUAAGUAUUGACAUGAGUCGCAGCAAAAGAAUAGGUGAAAACGCAAAUCAUUGUUAUAUUAUUCUGUAAUUUAUUUUGUGAGUCGAAACAAUUUCACUAAACAAAAGAAGAAUUUUUCGACGUCUUUUUUCUCGCAACUCCCAACUAAAAUUACAACCUCUGCAAGGAAGCACUUUUUUUAUGUACAAACGGGACAAUUUGAAAACAAGUGACAUUAAUUUACAGUAUAUAAUUUCUCGUUACAAACCCCCCCCCCCUUCCAGUUCCAUCACAGAACAACAAGCUUACCUACAACCCGCCAAUGUAAUAUUUGCGAGUGUCCAGGAUGCCAGCUAAUUAAAAUCCCUCCAGGUAGGACGGCAUCCAUCGAAUGAAGCGAGAUCCGAGGGAGAAAAAAACCUCCAAUUAAUAGUCGAAACUUUGUCAUCCUCGUCAAAACGAAAAGCAAACGUCCGUCAGCAGCUAACGAGGCCCACACAUGUGAGUCAUCCUGAAUCGCGCGACUUUCCUUGUGCCACGCCGCUAAUUAGUGCACGGCGAUGCGGGAGAGUGUCCCUCAUUAUAUCCACCUACCCGAAGGUUUUCGCUUCUAGCUGAGCAAAAAAUCGAAGCGGUGAACUAGUGUGGCAGAUCCGCACCGCGAUGCGAAUGCUUGACGAAUCCAAGGCGAAUAUGUUGUUUGCACGAAUAUUUCGAUACAUUCUGGUAUACGGAUCGAACGAUUAUACUGUCCAAAUAUCAUGCAAGUCAAUACAAAAAAAAGCUAAUAAAGUUGAAAGAUAAGUAAAUAAAGUAAUUAUAAGAAAAACAAGCCAUAAUAAACAAGACAAGAUUUUCAAUCAAAUCCAAGCUAGUCAAAGUCCUAGGAGAAAGAGACGCCUAAGAAGUAAUACACGAUAUUUUAAGCAUAACCAUCAAAUCAACCGUAAUGUGAAAAUCGCUGACACGAAUAUAUUGAAAUCUAAUCCGCAUUGUUUGUAAACUGUAAAUAGAAUUAAUGCAAGAAGAGUUUAGGGCAUGUACA